GCCGCUUCCGUCGGCAGGACUGACAAGACAUCACUUCCAUCCCAAGUCAUGUGUACUCGAAAUCCCAAUUGCCGGAUAACUCAAUGGACGGAAGUUUGACUCGUUUACAGAACAACUAGUCAACUACAUGCCAGGAUGCACGACACAGACUCAAGCAGGGCCGAGAAUGGGGCCGGCUGUUCCCUCUCACAGCCCCGUCACGGUGCGUCCCACACCAUCCCGUGAAGGACCCUUUACCGUCCACGUUGCGGCCGACAGUCCGUACACCAUGAAAGCUGCCGGCACUUGAACCUGAGCCCUUUCCAAACCACGCAACACGC